GUUUCUUCCUCGGCGAAGGCAGUGCUGGUGCUUCCGCAGAGGAGAGGCGCAUGCGGCAAGAGCUCGACGAGCACAACGACCUCGUAUUUUUGCCUGUGACCGAGGGCUACCGCAUGAAUUCCCGGAAGGGUUUGCUGUUCUUGGAGUGGAUCGCGGAGCGUGCUGAAGCAGAAUUCCUGCUGAAAACAGACGAUGACGUCUACCUGCGCCCGGCACCCGUACUGAGGCAGCUCCAGAAGCGGAUUCCAGCGCAGUACGCGUGGGCAAUUUUCGACUACAUCAGCCCUGUGCCUAGGGACGAAGACGACAACUUUUACAAUGCCGAGGAAGACUUCCCGUUCCCCGUCUUCCCGCCAUACCCGCGCGGCGUUGUGCGGGUUCUGUCGAUGGAUGUCGUCCGUCUUCUGGCCAAAGCGAGCCAGGAGGGCCGACUUCGAAUGAUCUACG